UUAGCUAUUUUUGUUAGAUUUUCAGAAAUGUCUGAGAAUUACACCACAGGUUCCAUCAAAUUUUUGUUGCGAUCAAAAUAGUCGUCCGAAGAUAUUUUGGAAAGAAUCUCAAGCCUGAUGAAAUUGUGCUUACCCCAUAUAAAUCUAAAAAUGAAGCUAAUUAGCAUUUUCUUUAAAGUCUCAUCUUAUCUGGUAGCCCAGAUUGUUCAUAUAGAGUGGUUUAAUGUCAUAACAUGCCAAAAAAUUACCAAAGACUCCUAAUUUGAAACGAGAAUUCUGGUGUUUUGGCAUCAGAAAUCUU